GAAACUUCCAAGCAACCCCCAUCUAAGAAGCGCAAAGCCUCAGUUGAGGAAAUUGAAGUCGAUAUCACCGCUCCAGAGCCACCCUCCAAGAAGGCUCUUCGUCGUCUCAAGAAGGGAAAGCCUCUUCCUCCUUCCAAGUCUGGAGCUGAGUCUACCCCUGAGCCAGAAAAGAAGCAAGCGAAGAAGAGUGAGGUUGAGAAGAGGUCUGAACACGGUAUCUGGAUCGGCAACUUGCCAUGGCACCUUUCCAAGGAAGAUUUGCGAAAGUUCUUUGUUGAGUAUUCAGACAUCACCGAAGAAAUGAUCACCCGAGUCCAUAUGCCAACGCCCAACGAUGGCAAGCCAGCCAACAAGGUCGAAGAGAAGAAGAAGUUCGUAAAGGUUGUGAACAACCAAGGAUAUGCCUACGUUGACUUCAACUGCUCGGAAGCCGUCGGCUAUGCUAUCGAAUUGUCUGAACAGCUACUAGGAGGACGACGAGUUCUGAUCAAGAACAAUAAGUCAUUUGAGGGGAGACCUCAGAAGACCAAGGAGGAGAGUAGAAAUGAUGGCAAACCACCGAGCAAGAGAGUCUUCCUUGGCAAUCUGAGCUUUGACACCACGGAGGACAAUCUCAAGGAGCAUUUUGAGAAGUGUGGAGCCAUUGCCAAUGUGAAGGUCGCACAGUUUGAGGAUUCCGGCAAGUGUAAAGGGUAUGCUUGGAUCACGUUCGAGGAAUUGGAGGGUGCAGAGAAUGCUGUUCGAGGUUUCGUGUGCAUCGAGGAGGAGCUUUCGGAUGCAUCUGAGUCGGAGUCGGAGGACGAAGCAUCUGGUUCAGAAGGUGUCCGCAAAACAAGGCCCAAGAAGACCAAGACGAGAAAGUGGUGGGUCAACAAAAUCAAGGGCCGACCGUUGCGUAUGGAGUUUGCAGAAGAUGCUCAAGUCCGUUACAAGAAACGAUACGGCAAGGACGGUACCAAGAGCAGACCUACAGAAGCCCUUGAAGGAGCAACGGAGGGCGUCAGGGAGAAGAUCAGUGAAACUCCUAAGAAGGUCGAGUAUAUGCUGCCGCAUGGUAGUGCUCGAUUGACGGGCGGUAUCGUUGAGAGUACUGGCAAAAAGGUUACAUUUUAA